AUGCUGUACCUCCUCGACUACGGCGCAGGCAACGUAGCCUCUCUCGCCAACUCGGUCCGCUCGCUGGGGUAUGAGUUCAAGUGGGUACAAAGUGCGGAGGAUAUCGAAAAGGCGGACCGCAUCCUGUUCCCCGGCGUCGGCGCCUUCGGUUCCGCCAUGGCCGGCCUCCGCAAGCGCGGCUUCGUCGAGCCUCUCAAGGCGUACAUCGCCUCGGGCCGCCCCUACAUGGGCAUCUGCAUCGGCAUGCAAGCGCUCUUCGCGUCGUCGCUCGAGUCGCCCGACGAGCCCGGCCUCGGCGUCAUCGACGCCCAAGUCGGCCGCUUUUCGUCGGAGGACAAGAAGGUCCCUUGCAUGGGCUGGAACGGCGCGACUGAGCGCCGCGAGAUUGGAGAGGUGGGCAAGGAGGCGUACGGAUUUGGAGAGGGCGAGGAGAGCUACUACUUCGUUCACUCGUACCGCGUUGAUGCGGACCAGCCGGGCGUCCAGGACUGGGCGCUCACGUUGACGCAGUACGGCGAGGAGAAGUACGUCUCGAGCGUCCAGCGCGGGAACGUCUUUGGCACGCAAUUUCACCCGGAGAAGAGCGGCAAGGCUGGGUUGGCGGUCGUUGAGGCUUGGCUCAAGGCGACGGACAAGGACGGAAAGGGCAUGCUCGACGUCAGCAAAAAGCCGCUGCGACCUCAGGCCGACGUCGAUGCGGAUCUCGUCCGCAAGGGCUUCACGAAGCGCAUCGUUGCUUGCCUCGACGUUCGCGCGAACGACCAAGGCGACCUCGUCGUGACCAAGGGUGACCAGUACGACGUGCGAGAGGCGGAAGAGUCGGUCACGACCGAAGACGUCGAGUCCAAGCCGUCGGGCGCACCCGAAGAGUCGUCUUCGACCUCGCCUGCCGCACCUGUCGCUGAGACGACCCUUCCCACCUCGACCGUUUCUUCCGACCCGUCCGCCCCUCCUCCCGCCAAGCGUCAACGGCAAGUCCGCAACCUCGGCAAGCCCGUCGACCUCGCACGGCGAUACUAUGCCGAAGGAGCAGAUGAAGUCGCCUUCCUCAACAUCACCUCGUUCCGCUCCUGCCCUCUCCACGACCAGCCCAUGCUCGACGUCAUUCGUCAGGCAGCAGAGACCGUGUUUGUUCCGCUCACGAUUGGCGGCGGUAUCCGCGACACGACCGACCCCGAUGGCACGACUCGCUCGGCUCUCGAGGUCGCAGGUACCUACUUCCGCUGCGGCGCCGACAAGGUCUCGAUUGGCUCGGACGCCGUCUUUGCGGUCGAGGAGCUCCUCGCGGCGGACGGCAAGCUCACCGGCAAGACGAGCAUUGAGACGAUCUCGUACGCCUACGGAGCUCAAGCCGUGGUCGUCUCGUUCGACCCGAAGCGCGUCUACGCCAACUCGAUCGACGAGAUCCCCGAAGCCCACCGCCCUUGCGCCGUCGACCUCGCCGGCUCGCUCGCCUCCUCACCCGACAAGGAGCUCAAGGCCGACCUCGGCCCGAACGGCGAGCGCUACUGCUGGUACCAAUGCACGGUCCGUGGUGGCCGCGAGACGCGCGAUGUCGACGUCGUCCAGCUCGCGCAGGGCGUCGAGAAGCUCGGGGCGGGCGAGAUCCUCCUCAACUCGGUCGACAAGGACGGAUCAAAGUCCGGCUUUGACUGCCGCCUCGUCGACCUUGUCAGGCGCAGUGUUGGCAUCCCCGUCGUUGCCUCGUCGGGUGCGGGCAAGGUCGAGGACUUUAGCGAGGUGUUUGAGGCGACGGGCGUCGAGGCGGCGCUUGCGGCGGGCAUUUUCCACAGGAAGGAGGUCCCCAUCGAGGCGGUGAAGAAGCACCUCGUCGACGCUGGCAUCAAGACGCGGAGGGUGUAG